CCCCGGCGGGCACCCCUCCUGGCCUCGAGCUUCUGUCCCACGGAGCGCAGUCAUUGCUGAGACUGCCGGCGACCUGGGGGAUGGGAAGCAGCUUUAAUUUUCAUUUUCCUCUGGAGCUGUCAUCAGCCGAAUGAUUUGGAGACCCCCUGUCUGAACUCUUUAUCAAGUAGUUCUUGUCCCUUCUGGACUUUAGAGCGCACUGGAUUUACCUGUAUUUUGUCAGUGCUCAUAGCAGAAGGUGCUGUACUGACUACAGCCAGAGGUAACGUGUUGGCCAUCCAGGUCAGGCUGCAAGAAGAUGCCACUUCUGAUGGGUUGUCCAAGAGGGCAGAGCUGGAAUCCUGAGCUCUGACCGAUAGAAAACUCUGCUUAUCAAAUGUUGUGACUUUCAGUCUGGAUUUGAACAAUGUGAUUCUGGUCCCCACCUUCAGCUACCAGAAAUAUAUGAGAUCUUUUAUUUGCAGUUGGGCAUGUGCGUGUUUAAUGUAGUCAAAUAUUGAUACAACUUGUCUGUUGUUAUUGAAUGGCAUUUGUGUGGGAAUGAAGGUUUUGCAUUCCUUCGUGUGUGUUUUAAGGCAGUUUUCAACACAAAGGUUUCAGUUUAAAGUUUUCCUCCUCAUCGGUUCAUUUUCAGUUUCAGAUUUGUCUGUAGUUAAAGAAAAAAUGCUCCUAGUAAAAGUAAUGUGAUUUAAGAAUAUCAUUUAGUCAGGGGUCCAAAAAUGAUUCCUAAAUUAAAAUUGAAGCCAAUUUCCCCCUGCGACAUGAAAAAUUAAAGUGUGUGUUUAGUGCAGAUGAUACACUUGCCCUCCCCUUAAAUGAUAUUUGCCACAGAUUUGAAAUCCCAUUUCACUGGUAUCAGAGGCUUCCUUGUCUAAGCCUGGCAGAGGAAGGGAAAGCUGGUAAGUUUAGUGUGUUUUUAUUAUGAUAUUGGCCUCUUGCUGGUUUCUUACAUUGAGUUGGGUUUAUAACCAGGUGGAAACUGCUGAUUUGGAAGCUUCAUUCACUAGUUACAAAUUUGAUUUAAGUAUGAGGUAUGUUUUCAAGGUGAACAAAGCACCUAUUUCCCUUCCAGGAAUUGAAUGGAGGCUUAUUUGCUUUGUAAUAGGUGAGAUGACGAGCUACUUCUCUAGUGGAGAUGUGGAUUCUCUUCUGGGAAAAACCAAUCAGGAACUGUGUUGUUGAAGACAGCAAACUUUUUGUGAUUUUUGACUGACCAUGGACAUCUCCUUGUGUUUGAGACGACAAUCCCGGAUGGUGAGCGGUACAAGGAUGAGGAUGGCUUCGAAUUUCUGGUGGCUCCUGUCAGCAUUCAUACUGCUGUAUUUAAUGAAGCAAGUAAAUAGCCAGAAAAAGGGGACUCCUCGUGAUUUAAAGUGUAUAACUCACAAUUUGCAAGUGUGGGACUGUUCUUGGAAAGCAUCCUUUGGAGCAGGCCGUGGUGCUUUCUACGAAGUUUGCAUUGAAAACAGACCGCGUUCUUGUUAUCAGUCACAGAAAGCAAAUAUCAAAAUCCCACCUCUUCCACCUGGUGACCAUGAAAUAAUGAUAAACUCUUCACAUGGCUUUGGAAGUUUGAUGAGUAAAUUCCUCUUAAGUGAAAAAAACGUCUACUUAAUUCCAGAUACUCCAGAGAUCUUGAAUUUGUCUGCUGAUUUCUCAACUUCUACGUUACACGUAAAGUGGAAUGACAAAGGUUCUGUUUAUCCACACCACUCAAAUGUCAUCUGGGAAAUUAAAAUUCUACAAAAAGAAAAAAUGGAAAUCAUUGAACUAAUGACCCACAACACAACUCUGACAGGAAAAGAUACAAUUCACCAUUGGAGCUGGACCUCCGACAUGCCUUUGGAGUGCGCCAUUCACUACGUGGGGAUUAAAUGCUACAUUGACGAUCAUCAUUUCUCUGGUCGGAAACAGUGGAGUAACUGGAGUCCACUGAAGAACAUUUCCUGGUCCUCUGAUUCUCAGACUAAGGUUUUUCCUCAAGACAAAGUGAUACCUGUAGGCUCGGAUAUAACAUUUUGUUGUGUGACUCAAGAAAAGGUGUUGUCAGCACAGAUUGGCCAAACAAAUUGUCCCCUUAUUCAUCUUGAUGGGGAGAAUGUUGCAAUCAAGAUCCAUAAUAUUUCUGUUUCUGCACAUAGUGGAACAAAUGUGGUUUUCACAACAGAUGACAACAUGUUUGGAACAGUUGUUUUUGCAGGAUAUCCACCUGAUAUUCCUCAAAAACUAAACUGUGAGACAUAUGAUUUAAAAGAGGUUAUAUGUACCUGGAAUGCAGGGAGAUCAACGGCACUGGUGGGCCCUCGAAAUACCAGCUACACUUUAUUUGAAAGUUUUUCAGAAAAACAUGUUAGAUAUCAAAGAGCUGAAAUGCCCACAAAUGAAAGCUAUCAGUUAUUCUUUCAAAUGCUUCCAGAUCAAGAAAUGUAUAAUUUUACUCUGAACGCUCGCAAUCCUCUGGGCCAAUCAAAAUCAACAAUUUUAGUUAACAUAACUGAAAAAGUUCAUCCCCGUACUCCUACUUCAAUCAAAGUGAAGGAUAUUAAUUCAACAGCUGUCACCCUUAACUGGCGUCUACCAGGCAACUUUGCAAAGAUUAAACUUUUAUGUCAAGUUGAAAUUAUUAAAGCUAAUUCAGUACAAGAAUUGCGGAAUUUCACAAUCAGAGGAGUAGAAAAUUCAAGUUACCUCGUUGCUGUGGACAAGUUAAAACCAUAUACUCUAUAUACUUUUCGGAUUCGUUGUUCCUCUGACACUUUCUGGAAAUGGAGCAAAUGGAGCAAUGAAAAGCGGUAUUUAACCACAGAAGCCAUUCCUUCAAAGGGACCAGACACAUGGAGAGAGUGGAGUUCUGACGGGAAAAAUUUAAUCAUCUAUUGGAAGCCUUUGCCCAUUAAUGAAGCGAAUGGAAAAAUACUUUCCUAUAAUGUGUCUUACUCGUCGGAUGAGGAAACACAGUCCCUUUCUGAGAUCCCAGACCCCCAGCACAGGGCAGAGAUACAACUGGAUAAACACGACUACAUCAUCAGUGUGGUGGCGAAGAAUUCGGCCGGCUCUUCCCCACCUUCUAAAAUACCCAGUAUGGAAAUUCCUAACGAUGAUCUCAAAAUAGAACAAGCUGUUGGAACAAGAAAGAGGAUUCUCCUCACUUGGAAUUACGACCCCAACAUGACUUGCGACUAUGUUAUUAAAUGGUGCAACUCCUCUCGGGCUGAGCCCUGCCUUAUGGAUUGGAAAAAGGUCCCCUCCAACAGCAGUGAAACUAUAAUAGAAUCUGAUCAGUUUCGACCAGGCAUAAGAUAUAAUUUUUUCCUGUAUGGAUGCAGAAACCAAGGCUAUCAACUAUUACGUUCCAUCAUCGGCUACAUAGAAGAACUGGCUCCAAUUGUUGCACCGAAUUUCACUGUUGAGGAUACAUCUGCAGAUUCCAUAUUAGUAAAAUGGGAGGAUAUUCCUGUUGAAGAACUUAGAGGCUUUUUAAGAGGAUAUUUAUUUUACUUUGAAAAAGGAGAAAGAGACACAUCUAAGAUGAGGGGUUUGGAAUCAGGUCGUUCUGACAUAAAGGUCAAGAAUAUUACUGAUGUAUCCCAGAAGACACUGAGAAUUGCUGAUCUGCAGGGGAAAACAAGUUACCACCUGGUCUUGCAAGCCUACACGGGUGGUGGAAUGGGUCCGGAGAAGAGCAUGUUUGUGGUGACAAAGGAAAACUCUGUGGGACUAAUUAUCGCCAUUCUCAUCCCAGUGGCUGUGGCUGUACUUGUUGGGGUGGUUACAAGUAUCCUUUGCUAUCGGAAGCGAGAAUGGAUUAAGGAAACCUUCUACCCUGAUAUUCCAAAUCCAGAAAAUUGUAAAGCACUACAGUUUCAAAAGAGUGUCUGCGAGGGAAACAGUGCUCUUAAAACAUUGGAAAUGAACCCUUGUACCCCAAAUAACGUUGAGGUCCUGGAAGCUCGAUCAAUAGUUCCUAAAAUAGAAGAUACAGAAAUAAUCUCCCCAAUAGCGGAGCGUCCACAGGAUAACUCGGAGGCAGAACCCGAAAACCAUGUGGUUGUGUCUUACUGUCCACCUGUCAUUGAGGAGGAAAUAACCAAUCCGGGAGUGGAUGAAGCUGCAGGCACUUCUCAGGUCAUUUACAUUGAUGUCCAGUCCAUGUACCAGCCUCAGGCCAAACCAGAGGAAGAACAAGAAAAUGAGCCUAUAGGGGGAGCAGGCUAUAAGCCCCAAAUGCACCUCCCCGUGACUUCUGCUGUAGAAGAUCUAACCACAGAAGAUGACCUAGACAAAACUGCAGGCUACAGACCUCAGGCAGAUGUAAACAUGUGGCACUUAGUGUCCCCAGACUCCCCUAGGUCCACAGACAGCAACAGCGAGAUCGUGUCUUUUGGGAGCCCAUGCUCUAUUAACUCCCGGCAAUUUUUGAUCCCGCCUAGAGAUGAAGACUCUCCGAAAUCUAACGGCGGUGGGUGGUCCUUUUCAAACUUUUUUCAGAACAAGCCAAAUGACUAAUGGUGCCCCCCUGUCACUUCAGUCUGCCAUCUCAAUAAGCUCUCAUUGCUAGUGCUGCUGUGUCAGCGCUGGGUCUCCUGGAGGAUCCUGUGAAGUAUUGCUGGUGAGGUGGAUGUCACCACGUGCAGAUUACACUAAAAGUAUUCAUAUGCUUUUAAUGUAGUCUGAAAGCCCCGCUGAGUAACUUGGAAGUUCAUCCUACAAAACUCAAGAUUUGUGAUUCGAGCCAAAGAGUCCUCACCACCCUACCUUCCACAAGCAUUUCUAGGCUCACGGCCUAGCCCACACGUGAAAACAAAUCCCGCGGCAACUGCGUUCUGUUGUGUUGUUAACGGUUUUCCCAUAUGUACGCUAUGGAAUUGCAAGUGGAUUUGAAGGCGAGGGAGAAAAAUGUCAGAAGUAACAAGAUGACCUCUAUCUGCCUGACAUUUACUCCAUUCUAGAUGAAAACCAAGCACAGGUGUUAAAUCUUUGAGAAUUGUUCGCCUCUGUCCUUAGCAUUUAAGAAAUGAACGCAAGGUUUAAUGUAGUGACAGCUCUUUAGUGUUUAGUUUGGCAAAGUUUGCUGAUUUCUGUGCCUACUGUAUAAUGGGUUACCAAAUAGUGGUCUCAGGGGUACAAACUUGGAAAAAGAGUGUGACACUGACUAGCCCAAAUUAGAAUCGUGUUUUCUUGCUUUGGUAGAUUUUUUGAACCUCCCCAUUAACUUCAGCUUUCAUGCCCGCUUCCUGUAUUGCAGUCGGUUGCCUUAAUAUUUAAAAGUUAAAUAUCUAAUAUUGUUGUUCUAAGUUUUUAAAAUACCUGUUUUGUUUUUUUUUGUGACACUUAAGCAUUUUCAAUGUUAUUCAUAAGCAUAUAAUUCCAGUAAUUUACUAUUUGAGACGACUACUAAGCAAUAGCCAGCGGCAUUAGCUAUCCAGAUGCUUCUGGUUGGCUUUCCUUCCUCCGAGAAGCCAGGGCCAUAGAUCUUUGACCCCGCCCCAAAGCGAGCUUUUCUCUUGAUCUUGCAUCUUGGCGAUUCUGACCUCUUAAAUGAUUAUCAGUCCAGAUUAUUUGAUCCAGUCCUCAAUUUUUUAAAUCUAAAACUAAAAACAUAAUGCUUCUUACAGGAGCAGUUACUCAAGGGCUGUUUUCUGUGACAUGCUGGUUGGCGGCGGGCACGCUGUAUAUGGUGUAGGUGGGAGUCAUCUGAGCUGCCGGGGGCAUCUGUCUCACAACACCCUCCCCCACCCCUGACCUCCCCCCCUCCUCUUUCGUAAGUGACAUCUGGAAUGAAGGUGGUCUUUGGAAAAGGAGAAUGAAAACAAAAUACUCUAAUAUUUUCCCUGCCCUUGGAUUGUCUGUGCAUUUUGACUUUUGAUAGUUAAGACAAAAUGACUCGAGACUGUGAAAUAGCUGAGUCAGUCAAGAAGUCAAGAUAUGCCUGUUUUUUAAUCAUUUGAGGUUCUGUAAUGUCUUUGCAAAUGAUGCAUCAGUUGUUUUUUUUUUUUUUCCUAACUCAUAAUGUAUCUUUAUGAAAACCACAUUGUGGAAAAAUCCACUGGGUGACAAGGGACAAAAUCUAUUUAGGUACUCUGUUUAUGAAUCCUUACCUUAGCUUCUAGGGUUCAGCUAAGUUCCUCAGCUUUGUGAUCUGUGGACAUGUGGAAUGAAAUAUAAUUAAUUAUGUACACAUGUAGUAUGUUAAAACUAUACAAUAGCUCACAGAGAUCUUCAGCAGUGAAAAAAAUAUCAAAACAGAGCCAUCCCUUAAAGAAUUUGCCCUGUUGUCUUCUCCUCUUGGGUUCCUUGCCUCAGCUUCCACCCCUGACUGAGUCCCGGGGCUGCCUUCUCUUCUGCUGGAGCUAUCCUCACCGUAAUCCCUUCAUGCUCAACUCAUCCCUCGUUCCCUAUUGGAACCUCUUCUCCUCCAGUUUACCUCUUUAGAGUAAGUGUUGGCUGAGUUAAAAGUUUGUCAAUCUAAACAGCGCUAACCUCAGACCACGGGAGAAGGCCAGAAAAGAUUGAUCUCUGUGAUCAGUGUAUGUGUACUUCAUCAAGGACCACCUGGCUCCAGUGCCCUUCUGGUGCCCACAAGCCUCUCUGGUGACCAGCUUGUUUGGCUAAUGGUGAACGUUACAGGGGGUCCUGAGUCCUUUCACUCUGUCCAACACUUGGCUACUUUUCCUGCAUGAAAAAGGUGAUGUGUGCACUCACCUCUCCCUCUACCCUCUGGAUUUCCACCCACAAAGAUCAUCUAAUGAGAGCAGAAUUACUAGAAGCAGAAUGUUUUAUUAGUCUGGACAAGCUCCAUGUAACAUGCUUAAAAGAAGGUGGUCUAAGUCAGCAGCCAAAACAGGUCUCCUGUCUUUCGCCACUGAUGUGAGGAGGACAGGCAGACCACUGUACAGAUCAGAAGGUAUGACCUCCCAACCCUUGCCCCACCUGGACUGGUAGGGGCAACACUCAACACUGGGAGAGGGGAGGGAGAGGGAGGAGGGCAAGAGAAAUGCCCUCUGCCACAUACCCUGCUGUUUAUGGUGCUGGAGACCCUGGUGAAUGUGCAGGUUGUCAGCUGGACCGUGCCCACAUGGGAAAGGCGGUCUGUUGCCUUGUUCUGUCCAAUCAGAUUAGCUCUGCUCCCUGGGGAAGAGAUUGAUGUGUGAUGUGUUCCCUCCAGCCCUUCCUGACUGAGAAAAUAAUUGGGAAAUCCCUCUUAACUAAAGCCCAACCAUUGGUUAGAAAAUUCUAAGUGUAUAAACUAGAAUUAUGUUACAUUACACUGGUUGACAAAUACUGCCUUAGGGACACAUUUUCACAUCCCUUGUAAGUCCGCUUAUUUAGAAGCCCCUCUGAAAUCAAGCUUCCCUGUGAGGAAUGGAAAUGACGGUGGUCAUUACACUUGAAUUUCUUUUGAGUGGCCAUCUUAAGGAAACAAUACUCAUAGAACAUUGUUAGAAGUCACAGCUGGGCCUUAGACAUAGAUAGACCUUGUGCAUCGGGUAUUGCAUGAGUUGACAUCUGUGUGUGGAAGCUGUCAAUGCUUGGAUUUGAGAUUGUAGCCCUGAGGAUCUGGAUAGUUGACGUGUGUAUUCGUGUGCUUAGUUGUAGAGGCGGUUUAUUCCUGCAGCUUAGCCAGAGGCAACCAUUCACAGCAAAGGUUAAGGGCGGAAAUAACAGCCUCAUUUUCCAGGCCAGCAUCAUUUUCACGGUUCAGGAAUCUGAAGGAUUGUACUUGGAACAUCCAGUACCAUCGCACUCUCAGAAACAGUGGUAAGAGUCACAUUCUUAAAACUUCAUGCAACUCGUAUUCUUGUUGAUUAGCCCUGUAAUUUCUUAAUUGUCCUCAUUACGUCCAUAUUUAAAGAACAUUGUAAUUCUUUCUGUAUUUGGAUAAUCUGAUUAUUAUAUGGAAGAUUAAUGAAUAUUUUCUUCCAAAAGGAAUUUGAAAUCAUUUUGAUGGUAUAUUGAAAUGAAGGUAUUCCCAGGACAUGUCAAUAGUCAGAAAAUAUAAUGUUACAUUUUUCUUCUGCUCAGGCAUAUCAUUUGAUAAAACUUUUUUGUUUUAAUUUGCCCUAAAGUAAUUGUUACUGUUUUCUCAUUAGUAUAAAUAAAAUUCCAUUUUUUUUUUAAUUUUGAAAGUAAAAUUGUGUAUCUCAAGAGUAAAAUGUGAGAUCAUUAAUGAAUUACUAAGGCAAGCUCACUGAGUAAUUUUUUAUUGACUGAGUUCUGUCCCAAAGCAUGCAAAUUCAAGGUUGUUUCCCAAAUAUUGGGCAGGUCUGAGACUAUUGACUGGAAGACUCAAGCCUUCUUUGGAGGACUAGGAGUGAAAACUGGGGAGACCAGUUUAUGCAAAAACAGCACUAGAUACCUUAUUUCUCCCUAAUUUUGAGUUUUCAUUGUUCUUUUGUAUAUGGUAGGCACACAGCUUAGGACGUGUUUGUACCAAGUAGUCUGUGUUCUAGCAAACAAACAGUAAAUUGAUGUGAGCUUAAUUGAUUAAUAUAAGCAAUUGUUCUUUUGAUAAACUAUUUCUUAAGCAUUUAUUUUAAACUGGUAUUUCCUACUGAAACAAAGUGCCCGUCUUUUGCAUCCAGAAGAAAAUUUUUCACAAAAGAAAAUGAUUUAUGUCAACUUAAUGGAAAUACAUCUUUUAGACAUGACCAUAGGCUAUCACUGGAAAUUACUUGGUUUGCAUUUGAUCAAUUUAUUGUCAUGGAUUGUGAAUCAAGGCUAUUAAGAAUAGUUAAACCUAUUUCACCAGGGUAGUAAAAUUUGUAUUCCUUUUCAAUUAGUGUGUUUUUCUUAACUAUUACAUGAUCAUAUUCAUGCUAAUUAUAAUACUGGAGAAUUAUUUUUAUUACCAGUAUAGAGGAUUAAUAAUAUUCAAUUAAUUUAUAUGUAAAACUUUAUUGUAUAUGAUAGAAUUCCUGGGAAUGUAGUGAUUUGAUCUAACUAUAGCCAAAACCUUGUGAUUAUGACAUUGAGUUACAUCAGGACUCUGAGAGUAGCACUUAUUUCUCCCCAUAUCAAGAAUGUUAAUAUUUUGGAUUAUAAAUGUCCAAGUUAUAACAGAAUUUACCUGUGCAAGACAACUCCUAAUUGUGCAACAUUUUUAUGAAAAUUAAAAGUAGUGUUUUAACAGGGAAACUCUGUUUUGAUGUUCAAGUGCCUAGCUGAAGAACCAUAGAAACAAUAAGUUCAGAAGCUCUUAAGUGGGUAAACUGUAACUGAUCUAAUAUUAUCCAAAUGCAAAGCAGUAAUUACUUAAUUUCUUUUUAGUGGGUAUAACUUGAAUACCCUAAAAACAAAAAUAAGUGAAUGGGAAAAUCAUGACUGUUUAAUUGAUAAGGAAAUUUACUUUUAUUGCCUUUACUUAUAUCUUCUAAGCUUGCCUUUGCAGUAGCCAAUCAGAGCUUAAAAUUUUUUUCAAAGAUCAAUAACAUAGAUCUUUUUGCUGCACUUAAACCCAGAAUACUCUGUACACCCAACUGAAUGGCUCACUCGAAUAUAUUGAAUUUCUUUCUGUAUUUAAAAUGUACUUCCCUUAGGAUGAUUCCAUUUUAAAUAGAUAUCUUUCAAUUUCUGAAUCAUUCCAGAGAUGAAUUAUAAAAGAUCCAGAGAUUGUAGAUGGUAAUACCAUAAUCAUUUAAAAAUAAACAAGUUAACUAUUAUAUUUAACAUUGGUAUUAGUAUUUUUGCAUUUGAUUUUAGAAGACAAUACUAAUAAUGAUUUUCAUAAUUUUUUUUCAAAUAUUCUUCCCUGGGUUUGAUUACAAAUACCUUUCCCAUUAUUUAUGAUAUGCCCUGCUAUUUAAUUUUUUCCUUCUGACAUAAUGAUUAGGAAAAAUGUGAAUAUGUUAUGGAUAGUUGAACACUACACAAACAACACACUAUUAUUCAGGUCAUUGUUGUGAAAGUGUAGGUAUUAUAUGAUACCCUGGGGUUUUAUCUUACUACUUUCUCAAAAAGGAGAACAGCUUUUUCUUAAAUGCAUUUCAAUUCAGAAUUGCUUGAAAGAGAUUGACCUUAAUAGAAAGAGAAAUAUCUUAAAUUUCAGAUGAUACUACCUUAAAGGUAUGUUCAAAGGUAAAACCAUUGAAAAUUUGCAACUUUCAUAGUGGGAAUGUCUUCCCUUUUCUUCUCCUUCAUCAGCUGGCCAUAAAUCAGAUGUCCUUAAUAAUUCUUCAGAAGUCACCAUAGUUUUUAUUUUCAAAAUUACAUUAUAACGAAUUACUGUUUACAAAACACACAUACUGUGAACAGAUACAAGUCUUUGUCCUUUAUAAGGUUGUUUGUAGAAUGAGUGUUUUUUAAAAGGGGAUAUUAUAUGUUAAAUAUUUUCAUUUUAUAAAUACUAGUAGUUGUUUACUAAUUUUUGUUUCGUCAGGUGUGUGCAAAUAUUGCUGAAAGAUAGGGAGAAACUGCAAAUCCAAAACUUCCCUUUCUCGUUUCUUGAAAUGUUUACCACUACAGACUAUUUUUUUAACCUGAAUGAUCAGUUGUGAUAUUCUGUUCCUAAAAUCAUGCUUAAUCAUAUAAAGAAACAUUAAAUCUACGUAUACAGAAAGCAAACUAUAGAUUGCAGUACGUUUGUGUGUUUCAGUCUGAUUCACAGAAUUCCGAGUUUUGAAUGGAAUAAAAUAACUCCAUGCACAGAGAUAACAACUGAGCUAUUUUAUGCCUUUUGAAAAUUGGGAGAUUAUGUUGGUAUUAGAAUGGAAAAUUUGAACAUUUUAUAUCCUGGUAUAAUUUCAGAAUUUUUAGUUUCCGAAUCUUUUGGAAAACAUGGUUGUAGCAAGAACAUAGAAUAUAAGUAACCUAUUACUAAGCCACCUUAAAUGUAAAACUAGUAUGCUUGGCUGUUAACUCUAAAGAUGUUACUAUGUCUGUUUUUAAAACAUGCAUGUAUUUAACAAUUUUAUCAUAGUAUUGUCAUGGAAAAAAAUAAAUAUAUUUUCUUACAACUUAAUACUGACAGAUUAUGGACA